UGAUUUUUAUGCGGAAACCUGCCGAAACAGAAACUUCAUACGGACUCCAAAUUGUCAGUGCAAACAUAGAAUGAUCAGAAUCUCCUGUUCCUUGAUUUAAAUCGGUUAAGAACUACGUAUCUCAGGGUGAGUACUCAUAAUUUUAUUAAUAUUACAACUGAACCCUAAUUACUCUCUUUAUCAUUAUCGAUCUAAUACAAUGCCAAUAAAAUAAUAAUCACAGUUAAUCGUGUUAGCCCCACGAAUGCGGGCAGAUUGCAAUAGAUCCCGAGGUGCCCAAAAUUGUAGUUAAUUAUUUUUUUUAAUUUAGCGUCUCUAGGAAAAAAUGUGUGGUUUAGCUUGUGGGGUCUCCACAGCCGUACUUGGGGCAGCGCUCCUCCUUGGCUCUACUAUAGUAGGUUAUGGGCUUGUGGAUGGUAUUAUAAACAGCAUAAUCUCAAACGAAGUAGCACUGGCUGACGGGUCACUAAACCUACAAAGAUUUACAGACAUUCCAUUCGCCAUGAACUUCAGUUUAAGAGCAUUCAACCUUACAAACCCAGACGAGGUGCUAAACGGUGCUACUCCUGUUGUAGAGGAAGUAGGACCGUAUAUAUACAAGUUAUAUCAAAUCCGGGAACUGCUGGACUCUGAUGAGGAGACGCUGACGUACAGGUUUAGAGACCGCUUCGAGUUUGACACCGAGGGCUCAUUCCCGCACACCGAAGACGAUAUCAUCACGAGCGCGAAUGUAGCGUAUAAUGCUGUACUACACGUCGUAGAAGUGGAGUAUCCAGAGCUAUUGGGCUUGCUGAGUCUAGCGCUGAACGGCGUGUUCGGUGAGCUCAACACGCCGGUGGCGUCGGUGCGCAUCGGCUCGCUGUUCCUGGACGGACUGUCGCUGUGCACCAACCCGGGGCUGGUGGGUGGCGUGGCCUGCAGCCAGAUCCGCAGUCUCGCCGGAGAAAACCGCAACAUGAACGUGCAGCCUGACGGCUCGGUGACCUUCUCUGUCUUCGGCUACAAAAAUACCUUACCGUCAGCAAACUUCAAAGUGUACCGCGGGCUCGACGAUGCCCGUGACGUGGCCCGUAUCAUCACUUACGACAACAGUUACCGUCUCCGGCUGUGGCCCGAGGGAGAAGACGGCUCUCUAGAUGAACACGAGCCUAACAUAUGCAAUACGCUCCGGGGGACUGACGGGGGAAUAUUUCCGCCCUUCUUGGAAAAAGACCGCCCGGUUUAUGUCUUCAACGCUGAUAUUUGUAGGUCCGUGGAGAUCCGCUACGAAUCCUCGUUCACUUACCGCGGCGUGCCGGUGUGGCGGUACGGGACGAACGAAGGGUUCCUGGACAACCACGAGGGCUGCUACUGCCUGAACCUGACACGUGGCAUUACCGGCCCUGACGGCUGCUUGCUCACGGGCGCUCAGGAGCUUUACUCUUGCGUUGGUGGGUUCUUAGUAUUAACCGAUCCGCACUUCUUGUUCGCUGAUCCGACAUAUAGGAACGGUGUAAUUGGCAUGACACCCGACAAGGAAAUGCAUAGAAUAUGGAUGGAUUUAGAACCUAACACUGGUGUUGUAAUACGAGGAGCAGCGAGAGUACAAUUUAAUAUGUUCUUGAGGCCCAUCCCACAGAUAAGCGCAACCAACAACUUACCAAAUGUUUUACUACCACUCUUUUGGCUGGAGCAGGGUAUGGAAUUGCCAGAAGAAUUCGUGGAAGAGGUGAAAGAAAAGUUGCUGACCCCACUUCGACUGGUGGAUAUUUUAGUCCCGAUCCUAGUGACUAUAAGCUGCGUACUACUAGUGGUCGGCGGUGUGGUUGCUACGCGGGCAGGACUUAAUAAUAGAUCCGCAUCGAAAAAUAUUAAAUAAGAAUUACCGUACAGUUACAUUCGUACAGCCCUAUCUCUAAUGCUCAAUAAUUCAAUAAUGUUAUUUGUUAUAUUUAUUAGUUAAAAUCCUUGGACUAAUAAUUCUGCGGACGGAGUAUCGGUAAAAUACAACUAGGAUUCCAUCAUCCACCAAUUUCCUAGUAUUUACGCGUGACACACAGACAUUGACAGUUAUCUCUAUGCCCUCAUCCACCAAUUUGCCGUCAGUCGGAUCGACAUGUCAUUUGAGUAAAUUGGUGGAAGAAAAAUAUAAAAUAUGCCGACAUGCGUGGUCAAGUGUUGUAAGAAUUAUACAGAUCGGACGAAAAAAGAGAUGGGAUAACUUUUCAUAGGUAAGUUCAUCAAUUAUGAUGUUAUCGUGCGUAAAAUCACGAUAUUUCAAUUUCAAUUUCUGCGGAACAGGAGUAUGACCAGUAUGUUGAAUAGGGUACUUUCCCGAAAGCAGGGUAAUUGAUGCCCUUCUUAUUAAAUCGUUAUGUACUUUAUUUUAUUUUAUUAGCCUACAUGGUGUCCCACUGCUGGGCAAAGGCCUACCUUGUCUUUCGCCACUCGUCACGGGCGUCACGGCUUUGUGCAUGCUCACACCAGUCGCCACAAAAUGAGUCCAGGUCGUCUCGCCAUCUCGUUUUUGGCCUGACUCUGCCUCGGGUGAUCACGUGUACUUAUAAAAGAUUAUUUUGAUAAAUGGAUAAAUUAUUGAUUGCGAAUUUCAAAAUAAGUCACUAUGGUAAUUUCCCGAAAAUAAUGAGAUUAAAGACACUUUCAUGACUAAUAUUUGAUAGUAAACCUUUGUUAUGUAUAUUAUAUUUUUGUUCAAAAUCAGAUAUCUCUAAUGUCUUUUAACAAUUGAUUUCAUCUAAUGUUAAAUAUUAUGAUUUUAUAAGUGUUUGCACGCGGUGCAUGUAAGUAAUUUGAGUCCGUAGAUAUGGUGCGCAUGUGUUAAGACUUAUAAUAUACCUACGUAGAUAUUUGUAAUUUAGUCUAUAUUUGAUUAAAAAAUAUUUCAGGACUAUUUAUACUUUUAUAAAUUUAUAAAUACUUAAUCGAUAUUUAUACUUUUUCGAUCAUAAUUUAUCAUAUUUUCCGAUCUGCAACAUUUUUUUUUUGUUUAAAACUUAUGGUUUAACGAUAUCUUAUACCUUUAAACGAGCAAUUCUUGUAUAUAUAUAAAUAUAUAUAUUUCCGGGAUCUCGGAAACGGCUCUAAC